AUGAGUGAUGAAUUUUCCCAAUUAGCAGAGUAUUUAAUAUACUCAUCUUGUCCAAAUGUUAAUGACAAGGUUGAUCUUGCCCUUGAAGACAUUGGACAAGAAGUUGCUCAACUUUAUUUAAAUACGCCUAUUUUUCAAAAUAUUUCGACCCAAAUGAGCCGAGCACAACUUGCGCAACUUCUUAACUACAUGUUUUUUCUUAUUGCCUACACUUAUGAAAUACCAAAAGAUAAGAAAUCUCCAGGAGAUGAUGUAAAACAAACUUAUGAGUUAGCAGCUGCUUCUAUUAUUCUCGAUUUAUUAAAUUCAAGGUCCCAAGCAAUUGUUUCCUUUAUCCAAUCCUCAAUCGAAGCUUUGAGUCUUUAUCUUCAAAAUCAAGCUUCAUCGCAAAUGGUACAAAUCGAAUCCACAUGCUUAGUUCGCGAGCUUCUGCAGGUACAGCCACUAGCUUUGAUUGUUGAUUCGAUUUUAGAAAGAUAUCCAAAUAUCAAAUGGAUUCCAAAGAAAGAUGACUAUGCAAAUAUCGCAACAUACGGACAAAAUUUCAUUCAAUAUGUUAAUCACGUUUCUACUAAGCCACCUUCAAACCAAUACUUAGAUACGAUCAAUCAAUACCAAAAUGCUCUUGUUACAGCCUUGGGAUCAACAAUACAGAUCAUUCCACAAUAUAUCCAAGCAAUUGAGAACCAAUUCGAAAAGGAUACAUUAGCUUUUCCCGAAAGAACAACUCUUGCUCAGUUAAUUUCAGUCGUUGCGAAAAAUUCAAUCAUUAUUACGUUUAAUUCUAUCGAAUGCGUAUUUACGCAACCUACAAAACUACCAGAAUUAGUUCCUUGGAUUGCUCAAUAUUAUUUUUCACAAAUUACAAAAGGAUAUGGCACAGUUCGUAAACUUUAUGCAACAUCCAAUGGUACAGAAGGCUUCCAGACUAUUCUCGAAGGCUUAGUAUCAACAAAUAGCCAGAUGCAAGCUUUAAUUAAUUUCAUUCGCGGAUUAAUUACACAACAACCGAAAUCGUUCCAUGAUGUCUUCAUAAACCAAAUAGUAACAUCAGUUCCCCUCAUUACCCAAGUUGUUGAACAAUCAUCUACAGUAUUACAAGCUUCCGUUGAUGCUUUCACCAGAUACCUUGAAUCACAGAAGUCACAAGCAGCUGCAGCCACAGAAUUUCCUAAAAUUGAGAACAUUCCGAACACUUUAUUCGAUCAAGAUCCUUAUUCAUCGAUUGUCUUCCCAUUCAUCAACGCCUGCCACAAUUUGCUUCUCACACUUUCAAAUCAUAGCGAAAGCAAUACAAUUAUUGCUACUUUAUCCAACGUUUACCAAAAUCUUCGAAAUGAAAUCCAGAAAGUUGAGAAUUUGAACGACCGCGCUCGAUUAAAUAUUAUCUGUGAUUCAAUUGAUAACUAUUGGAUCAAAUUCUCUGAUGAUUACCAGAUGUACGGAUAUAAUCCAAAAGAUGAGACGACAAGAAUCGGAUUUAUCGCAAGUGCAUUGGUCCUUACAUCAAGGGCAUGCUUACUCUGCACAGAUAUGAGAACUUUGAAAGUUAUGAAAUUUGGCAUUGACACAGCUCUCAAUAAGAUCAAAGGAUACUUCGUUAAUUUGGAUCCAAUAAAUUCAAUCAUCACCCAAUACAUCAAUUUCGUUAACCAACAAGCAUCAAAUUACGCAUUAUUACCAACUGGAACGGCAUCUAUAGCAGUUUACAGCCUUGCGAAUAAAGCACAGUCUGCUAUAGCCCAAUACGCUGAUUUUAAUGACGUAACUGAUAUUGUUUCCGCUCUUUUGAUCGUUGAUCAAAUUUAUCCAACAUUCCAGUGCGCAGAAAACAUUUUUAAUGAGAACAGACUUGUUGUAGAGCAAGUUGGAGCCACAACAUUCGUUGCUCCAAUCAAAUUAUUCUGCAGCGGAAUUGCUAAUUUCAGAUUAGCUCUCAGCCAGUUCAUUUUAGGCUUCAUGAGGGUCAGUGCUAUUAUUGGCCUUCGCUCCAGUGAAGAAUCCAUUAAGAUUGGAAGUCUCGCAGUAUCUCAUUGCGGAUUUGAUAUCUCUCCCUUCAUCGAAGCUCUCAACAAGACCAAGGAAAAUCUUCCUAAGGCCAUAGAGCCAAUUAACAAGCUAUCGUUCAUCCUCUACGAUGAUAUUGACUUCUUCAGAAAAGAAUUGAACGGCGUACAGUCACUUGCCAUCAGUAUCGUCGAUGCUUUUAAGCAAAUUGCAAAGGUCGCCUACGCAGAGGAACUAUCUCCUCAUAUCGGCGCCGCAAUGAGAUUAUCCGAAAUCAUUGAUUUCGCAUUAACCAUUGCUAAUUGCUUCCAAUUGAACGCUAAGUUACUUGUUAAACCCGUAAUGGCAUCAGUUCUCAGCACUUCCCUCCAACUUAUGCAGAAAUCUGCAACAGAUAUUGCACAAAAUGUCCAAGAUUGCAACAGAUUCAUUUAUGCGUUUGCCGCUGCCACGUUACAAGCAUCAGCCAUCAUGAAAUGCUUCCCAGGACUCGAACAAUACGGUGCAUACGGAUAUGAAUCUUGCAAAUCGAUCUUUUCCGAUUUAUAUGACAGGUAUCUUGGCCAGGACAGGUUACAAGAGACAUACAACGUCAUUUCCACUGUCUACAACCAAUUGCAGACAUUGAAUAAUUUCAUUAAAGAGCAAUACAACCAAUUGCGAGCGAAAAUGAACGAAGAAGAGAUUAUUCCACCACAAAUCACUGCUACACAGAAGAGUACACUUAAAUCGAUUGAUUUCACACCAUUGACAUACGAUGCAGGCAGUGAAGAGAAGAAGAAGAAAGAAGAGGAAGAAGAGAGGAAGAGGAAAGAAAAAGAAGAGGAAGAAAGGAAGAAGAUUGAAGAAGAAAAGAAGCGAAAAGAGGAAGAGAAGAAGAGGAAAGAAGAAGAAGAGAAAAGGAAGAAAGAAGAAGAAAGAAAACGUAAAGAAGAAGAGGAAAGAAAAAGAAAGGAAGAAGAAGAAGAAAGAAAGAGAAGAGAAGAGGAAGAAAGAAAACGUAAAGAAGAAGAAGAGAGAAAGAGAAGAGAAGAAGAGGAAAGAAGGAUUAAAGAAGAGAAAGAAAGACAAAGAUUGAUCGAAGAAGAAAGAAGAAGACAAGAAGAUGAAGCAAGAUUAAGAAAAGCUGAAGAAGAAAGAAAGAGAAGAGAAGAAGAAGAUAGAAAACAAAGAGAAAUGGAAGAAUUAAGAAGGCAAGAAGAAGAAAGAUUAAGAUUAAAGAUACAGGAAGAAAUGGUCUUGGAUUCUUAUGAUUUGUUGAUGCAGAAACUUCAAACUCCUCAGCCAACAAAUGACAACAAACCUCUCGAAAUUCAAAAUGUAAGAAGAUACGUGGAUACAUUGAAACAACUCAUCGCAAGGCUCCAGGAAAGACCUGAUAACCAGGAUAUACCUAGAUCUAUCCAUACUUUGAUUCAGGCAAUUAAUAGUAACCUUCAGGUUGCUCAAGCAAAUGCAAUUCAAUGA